UGAGAGAGUAGGUUGUCGGGAAAGGGUGGAUUAGAUUCUAGUCGGUGGGCGAAGGGGCCGCGUGCGCUCCCCAGGAGUGUCGGUCCACCUCGGCAAUUAAAAAGAGGGUCUUCAUCACGUAUGCGGGUUUUCUUGGACCAGCUCCAGAUGUCCUCACUAUUCUAAGACAGCAAGAAAUGCAAUCUCGACCUGAAGUCUGGAACCUUUUUUACUCUUCUAAGCGAACGCUCCCCCCCCCCCCGCCUUAGGCGAUGCUCCCCACUCAGCGGGUCCCCGGAAAGGGCCACGGAGGAGGAUUCCCGUGUCGCUCCCCAAGCUCUCGGGCGGCUUAGGGUUUCUUAAAGCUAAGGGCCACCCUCCCGCGACCUCCCCGCGGAGGUUUCCGGGCGCCCACGCUCUCCAGCCCCUUACUCCUCUGCCUCGGUCUUGCCGGUUCGCCCCCAGCGGCCUCGGCGGCCGCGCGUCCAAUCGGGCGCGGCUGGCGAGACGCGCCGGGAGCGGUGACUGUUUCGGGUCGCCCGCACGCCCUCGGGGACCUCAGCGCGCUUCUCCGCCGUGCAGUCUGGGGCCGGUCAGACCCAGCGGGAACUGGGAGAUCCGCCCAAGCCCCCGGCCCCCGGGACGGCGCGCGGGACCGGCGCUCUAGGGUGGGGCUCGGGGGACCUCGGGGCAGCGCCGGGGGCCGCCGAACCGGAGGCGCGGGGAGCUCAGCCGCUCGCAGUACACUCCCAGCUCAGAGCUCCCCUCUGCUAACUCGGGCCGCCCGGGGCCCGCUUGGGCCGCCCGUCGCCGCCCCCGCCCCCCGCGCGCCCGCGCCCUUGCUCGCCCCGCGCGCGUUCCAAGGGCGCCACCUCUUUGCGACUAGCUCACUUCUCCGGCAGGUUUGCCUGGGAGCGUGUGAACAUUCCUCUGCUAGGCUUUCAACUCGCCUCCAACCUGCGCCGCCCGGCCAGCAUGCCUCCCCGCCCGUGAAGCGGGGCCGCCGCAGCCCUGCCGCUCGGGCCGCCGCCUCCCCUCCGCGCCGCUAUUAACCCGCCCUCGUUGCCACCUGGCCCUCCUGAUCGACGACACACGCACUUGAAACUUGUUCUCAGGGUGUGUGGAAUCAACUUUCCGGAAGCAACCAGCCCACCAGAGGAGCACAGUUGCGGUAGCUGAUUCCUAAAUAAGUCCCGAGAGCGAGAGGAUACGAUGCUGCGGAGGCUGGUUCAGCAGUGGAGCGUCGCGGUGUUCCUGCUGAGCUACUCGGUGCCCUCCUGCGGGCGCUCGGUGGAGGAGCUCGGCCGCCGGCUCAAAAGAGCUGUGUCUGAACAUCAGCUCCUUCAUGACAAGGGGAAAUCUAUCCAAGACUUACGGCGACGAUUCUUCCUUCACCACCUGAUCGCAGAAAUCCACACAGCUGAAAUCAGAGCUACCUCGGAGGUAUCCCCAAACUCCAAGCCUGCUCCCAACACAAAGAACCACCCCGUCCGAUUUGGGUCUGACGAUGAGGGCAGAUACCUAACUCAGGAAACCAACAAGGUGGAGACAUACAAAGAGCAGCCACUGAAGACACCUGGCAAGAAAAAGAAAGGCAAACCUGGAAAACGCAAGGAGCAGGAAAAAAAGAAACGGCGAACUCGGUCUGCCUGGCUAAACACUGGCAUGGCUGGGAGUGGGCGAGAAGGGGACCACCCAUAUGACAUCUCUGCGACAUCGCUGGAGCUCAAUUUACGGAGGCAUUGAAAUUUUUAGCAAAGACCUUCAGAGGACGUAUUACAGGAUUCUGUAAUAGUGAACAUAUGGAAAGUAUUAGAAAUAUUUAUUGUCUGUAAAUACUGUAAAUGCAUUGGAAUAAAACUGUCUUCCCCAUUGCUCUAUGAAACUGCACAUUGGUCAUUGUGAAUAUUUUUUUUUUUGCCAAGGCUAAUCCAAUUAUUAUUAUCACAUUUACCAUAAUUUAUUUUGUCAACUGAUGUAUUUAUUUUGUAAAUGUAUCUUGGUGCUGCUGAAUUUCUCUAUUUUUUGUAACAUAAUGCACUUUAGAUAUACAUAUCAAGUAUGUUGAUAAAUGACACAAUAAAGUGUCUCUAUUUUGUGGUUGAUUUUAAUAAUGCCUAAAUAUAAUUAUCCAAACUGAUUUUCCUUUGUGCAUGUAAAAAUAGCAGUAUUUUAAAUUUGUAAAGAAUGUCUAA